AUGUUUAGUCAACCAGCAACCUCGCCCACGUCCACGGGGCCUGGAAACCUGGUAGUCUCCCCCGUGACAGCAACCCCCGCCGCUUCAGCCCAGCCGUCGAGGAGCAGCCGGCUGCGAGGCUUGGCCUCCCUGCGAAAUUAUACGCAAACCCACAUCCUGUCCCGCGAAACAAGUUCCCACAGCUCGCACUCGCACUCACCCGCUCCCGCGCCCGCCUCAUCGGCCCCAUCACCUUCUGCCGCGAUCGCAUCCACCAAUCCGUGGUUCAGUGCACUCCGCAGCGAUUCCGCCCCCACGCCAGAGGCCACCGGCACGACGAGCAACAGCAGCGGGAACACAACGACCAUUACCAGCAGCACCAACAAUCCCUCCUCGUCGGCCCGCCCAAACCGUUUCUCGCAGCUUGUGCCGACACUAUCCCACCCCACUCCCAACAAUAACAACAAGGACGGCAACGCAUCCCGAUCUGCCAAGGCGAUAUCUACCCCUCACCAGCCCACGGCCGACGAUAACAUGACGAGAGCUCGAUCGGCCACGGCCGGCGAUGCCCUCACCCACGGAGCGGCCGGCAGCGGCGGUCUCGAUGCGCUACCCUCCAUUCGCUUCAGCACAUUUUUCGACCCUCGCGCAACGAGACCAUCGCUAAAAUUCUCACCGAUUUCGCGCACACUCCCGUCUGGCAAGGAGAUCAUUCGUGUAGGCCGGUAUUCCGAGAGGGACAACCAGCCCAAUGCACCCUCCAACGCUCCCUCGGCAGCGCCCGUGGGCUUCAAGAGCAAGGUGGUCAGUCGGCGACACUGCGAGUUCUGGUACGAAGAUGGAAAAUGGUACAUCAAGGACGUCAAGAGCAGCUCGGGCACCUUUCUCAACCAUAUUCGCCUGAGCCCCCCAGGGACGGAGUCCAAACCCUAUCCGAUCAACGACGGCGAUAUCGUACAGCUGGGCAUCGAUUUUAAGGGCGGCGAGGAGAUGAUAUUCCGUUGCGUCAAGAUGAGGUUGGAACUGAACCGCGGCUGGCAGAACAAGCUGAACACUUUCAACAUAGCACCGUGCCAGUGCCUCUUUGUGGCCCCCUGCUCCCAUACAUGGCACUACAAGUGCAUUCGUUCUCUCCUCGCCUCACCAUCCUACCCCAUUUUUAUCUGUCCCAACUGUCGCGCGGCGACGGACCUAGAAGCGGAAGUGGAGGACCCGGAAGAGUGGGAACAGCUUGACUCGGACGAGGGUGUGGCCGCCCAAGAAGGUGCGCUUCUGCAGGCCCCAAACAUCGAGUCCAACAACACGAACGGACCCGUCCCGGCCCCGCCACGCCGAUCGAGAGAAUCAGUCCGGAGCGCCCGGCUUCACGCUGCGCAGCAACAGCAACAACAGCACUUCCAAAGACCCCCUUCCAACGAAGUCCCCGAAGUAACCAUGAUUCUCGAUUCGUCCCCGUCACGACAAGAGUCGCCCCCGCCCCAAUUCGACGGCGUCACUACCCUUGCUGACCCCUCGGCCUUAUCCCAUGCUCUGUCGAACCCGAUGCCGAUUCCUUCCCCCGGCCAACGCAGCAAUAAUGGCGGUAUUCUCGGCAGCGGUGGUAGCAGCGCCCCGGAAGGGCACCGCAGCACGAACCGGACGCCGUCACCGACGGGCGGUGCCCCCGCGACUAACGGACACGAAGGCCCCAUUACACCCCGCAACGAUGCCGGCCCUUGGGUAUUCGACGGUAGCGGCGUGCGGCUAAGCCAAGAGAGCUCGCGACCAGCGGCGGCCGCGCUGAGUGGAGCGGGAAGUGGAGCCGCGCCAUCGCGGCCCGGGAGUAUCGAAGCGGCGGUGCAGGCUGCUGGGGGGCUGAGGGCUUUAGAAGACGAGGUCUUGUAG